UUCCGCCCCCACCUCCGCCCCCAAACCCCUCAAAACCCUCGUCGUCUUCUCGCGAUCGCUAUUCCCUCCUCCAUUCCUCCUCCUCCACCUCCGAGACCUAGGGUUCCAAUGUCGAGCGGCGGCGGCGGCGGCGACGACUACAAGCGGGAGGAGUCGGUGGCACUCAUGGUCAUCGUCUCCCUCGCGGCGCUCUCCCUCCUCUCCCUCGUCGCCGCCUUCGCCUACUACUGCUACAUCACCCGCAAGGUCUCCCGCCGCCUCCACUCGCUCGACCUCCCCAAGCACCACCGCCGCUCCUCCUCCUCCUCGCCUCCUCCCAUGCCCCCGCCGCUGCCUCCCCCUCCUCCUUCCGCGAAUGCCCCGACGCUCGGGAAGGAGAGCCCGUCUAGCAACUCCGCCAGCGACGGCGCGGCGGCGGCGGUCGUGGUCGGCGGGGAGAGGGGGGCCGUCCAGGUGUUCAGCUACCGCCAGCUGCACGCCGCCACGGGCGGGUUCGGGCGGGCGCACGUGGUGGGGCAGGGGAGCUUCGGGGCCGUCUACCGCGGGGUGCUCCCCGAUGGGAGGAAGGUCGCGGUCAAGCUCAUGGAUCGCCCCGGCAAGCAGGGGGAAGAGGAGUUCGAGAUGGAGGUGGAGCUGCUGAGUCGGCUUCGAUCACCUUAUCUUUUGGGCUUGAUUGGCCAUUGUUCAGAGGGUGGACACCGGCUGCUGGUCUAUGAAUUCAUGGCCAAUGGGGGUCUCCAGGAGCAUCUCUACCCAAAUGGAGCUGACAUUGUAGGUUCCUGUGGUGGUAUCUCAAAAUUGGACUGGCCUACUAGAAUGAGAAUAGCUCUUGAAGCAGCAAAAGGUCUGGAAUAUCUUCACGAGCGUGUUAAUCCACCUGUUAUACACAGAGACUUCAAGAGCAGCAACAUUCUACUGGACAAGGACUUCCGUGCAAGAGUGUCAGAUUUUGGUUUGGCUAAGCUUGGAUCUGAUAGAGCUGGUGGUCAUGUAUCAACUCGAGUUCUAGGCACACAAGGUUAUGUUGCACCAGAAUAUGCUUUGACCGGGCAUUUGACGACCAAAUCCGAUGUCUAUAGUUACGGUGUUGUACUUCUGGAGUUGCUUACUGGCAGGGUGCCAGUUGAUAUGAAGAGGCCUCCAGGCGAAGGUGUUCUAGUUAACUGGGCAUUGCCUAUGCUCACAGACCGAGAGAAGGUUGUGCAGAUCUUGGAUCCUGCACUGGAGGGUCAAUAUUCAUUGAAAGAUGCUGUCCAAGUGGCUGCCAUUGCUGCCAUGUGUGUUCAACAAGAGGCUGACUACAGGCCACUAAUGGCUGAUGUGGUUCAAUCGUUGGUUCCGCUUGUCAAGAAUCGUUCUACUCCAAAGACGUGCAACCCUAGUGUCCAAGCGUAGAAGCCACUUGAAGGGGAAGUUGAAUGCUCAGUUUCCAGGUGCAUGUCAAGUUUCCAACAGCAAACUAUUGUGACGGGUUGCAAUUUGAGACAUUGUUUAUGUUCUCUCUUUUAUAUAUUGAGAGGGGAGGGCCACAUGAUUAAUGUCGUUGAUGACCCAAGGAAGAUUUGUUGAUAGUGCAUCAUAUUUUUGGCCUUUUGUAAUUUAUCGUACAAGCAUCAGAAACUGCAAUGGACGGUUGAUCGGUUAGUUGUUAACUAUUACUCCGUAUGAAUUAUGAUUGCCCAAACCUGAACUGAAGUUGCCGAUGAAGCUGCAUAUGCAUUGCUGUCCAGAAAUGAUGGACUUCACCAGAUUGGAUGGAAUUAUUUGCAGUCUUCCAAAUCAAAAGUACUAUGCUAUUGUUUGGAAUUUGUGAAGUUCAUAGGAAUCGAAUUAUUAGUGGAAACAAUUCAGUUUCUCUAAGGCUCAA